CCCUUUUUUGUUCCUCCCUGGCUUCCGCAUAACCAACAUCGCCUUGGUUCGGAUCACCGUCAACGGUCACUCUAUCUCCACCAGUUUUUGAAGAUGCCUCACUCCUUUGGUCUCCGCGCUCGCACCCGUCACUUGUUCAAGCGUGACUUCCGCACUGGCGGCCCUAUCAAGCUGUCCACCUACCUUAUCACCUACAAGGUCGGCGACAUUGUUGAUAUCAAGGCCAACGGUGCUGUCCAGAAGGGCAUGCCCCACAAGUACUACCAGGGCAAGACUGGUGUCAUCUACAACGUCACCAAGAGCUCCGUCGGUGUCAUCAUCCACAAGCAGGUCGGCAACCGCUACAUGGAGAAGCGCGUUAACCUCCGCAUCGAGCACAUCAAGCACUCGAACUGCCGCCUCGACUUCCUGAAGCGUGUCAAGGAGAACGCUGCCAAGAAGGUCGCUGCUCGCCAGAACGGCACCACUGCUGUCGUCAAGCGCUCUCCUGUCCAGCCCCGCGCCGCUCACCACGUCUCGACCGUUGGCAACUUCCCCGAGACCCUCUCUCCCGUUCCCUACGAGACCCUUGUGUAAACAUGCAUGAUCAUGUGCGCCGCAAUAAAAACUGGUUUGAAGAACACGCUUCGUGAAUCCACCU